AUGGCAGUCACUCUUCACAGGCUGGCCGUGUGCAAGGCGCUCUGCCUGCUAGGGCUGAGCGUCAGGGAGGUCCCCUUGAGUCAACCUGAUUUGCUGAGCACCAGUGGGAGGAACAACCAGAGGCGGCGGCUGCCUUCCCCUUCCACCAACUCGGGGACCGAACCCAUUCCUCUGGAAGCCCCCGCAGAGACGGGACCGGCGCGGCCAUGGUUCUCCCGCUGCCGCUAUUGCUGCAGCUCCUACUGGGCGUCCCGCCGGGCCCCACAACGACGUUGGGGCAGAGCCCCCUCCUUGCCAUGGGGCUGCCGCAGCAUCAGCCUAUCGGGCCUUUACAGCGGCGUAACUCUGGGGCCGGAUCGGCCCCAAAUUUUUUCCUGGGGGCGUUCCUCCCUGUUGCUGAGGCCAGGCACUCGGAGCAAUCCAGGACCAAAUCAUGUCGGGCGCCCGGUGGAUGGGAUCGUGGGUGGAUCGGUCUCGCUUCCGGCCCAUAUCCCCCCAGGAAAAGCACUAGCCAAAAUCGAGUGGGAUUUCCAGCCUGAAAGCGGCCCUCCCGUCGUCGCCAUUGCAGAUUUUAUAAAUGGGAUCUUGGAGCGGCCCAAUCCUAGCGACCGAUUUCAGCAGCGGCUGGAGAAGGCGAAUGAGACCACCCUGCAGAUCAACGACCUGGAGAAGCAGGACAGCGGAGUCUACACAGCUCACGUGAGGUUUCAAAAUGGAGAGGGGCAAUCCCAGACCUUUGUCCUGACAGUCACAGCCACCAGAAGUAAUCCAGCAGAGAAUCCACCUGUCCAGGUGAAUGGGAUCCUGGGGGGAUCCGCCUCUUUUCCUCUCCAGUUACCUGCAACAAAAUCAGUGGCCAUGAUUGAGUGGUCUUUGCAAGCAGGGUCUGGUCCAGAAAUGGCGAUUGCUGAACUGAAGGAUGGAAAACUGGAGUGGCAAAAUACCACGAACCGGUUCAGGCAGCGGCUGGAGGUGGCUGAUGGGACCACGCUAAGGAUCAGGGCCCUAGAGAAGGAGGAGGACAACUGUACGUUGAAGACUCGAGUUCUGUUUGCCUCUGGAGAUGUUCUCAGGCAGAGCUUCUUGCUCUCUGUCUUUGAUGACCGUCAUCAUCAUCUCAGGAACAUAUGGAUCCUUGUUCCUGUGCUGGUUCUUAUCGUGGCUGCAGGUUUGGGAUUUUGGCUGUGGAAGACCAGGCGCUGCCCAAGAGGUUUUCCACUCUGCCGAGUUUCAGCGUGUGGAGGUGCAAAAGAUGAAGAGCCCCCCAGAAGGUGAUGGUGAACAGGAUCCUGACUGUUUCUCUACAUGCCUGCCAGAGAUUCCCCGUAAGAUGCCUCCUGUAACUGUCAAGGCUACACUCAAGGCUCUUGAUAAGAAAGAUGAUGCCUUUGCCAGAACUUGACCUCCGUAACAUUGGCAUGCCACGCCCCAGCCCAGUCCAGGGAGAAGAACCGUGAGAUGUACAGGGUAUUGUUGGCCAAAAUUCUGGAGUUCAAAUCCCUGCUCAGCUGGAACACUAUUUGUGAGCCUUGCAGAUCACUGUUUCUCAGCCUAACCU